AGAAAAAUUAUUCUCAUUUGAGUUCAGUUUACCGAGAGAGCAAGAAGAUCUUUUUGCUCUUCUCUCUUUAGAAUUAUUGAUUUUUUCUUAUUUUCUGUUCUUCAUCUGAUAAUCACCAUUUUCUUCACAAAUUGAUUUUCUUUUAAUCAGUGGAAACAAUUAAAAAAAUAGAAUUUACAUUUGUUUCUUUUCUGUUUUUCUCUUCUCUCUUUCUCUUCCCUUCUGUUGAUACAAUAAUCUUCUGGUUCUGUGUAUCCAUUUGAUGGCAACGGUUCUCAAAAGACAAGAAUCAAGGAGAAGGUUAGCAGCAAUCACUUUCCUUUCCAACAUAUCAUUGGAUGGUACUCAUCGGGACACUAAAUUGGCCCCUUUCGUAAUUCGUGACAAUUAUUUGGACGCAACAUAUUCAUCAUCUUAUCCAAAUAAAUCAAAUUUUCUUCAACCACCAUUUCCAUCAACACCAACAACUGACCCUCAGCAAGACACCACAGCCUCUUUGUUACCAUCAUCAGGCUUUUCUGAACAUCAUCAUCAUCCAUUUGACUCAACAACAUCAUCAUCUUCAUCAUCACACCUCCAACAUUUGCGGUUACCACUUCAAUCGGUCAAUAAAUCCUAUCAACAAGAUUAUAAGCAAUCAACUGAGAAACGGUUACAUGGUAACAGUUUAACCUUUGGUGGUUCAGGUCAUGUAAACGGUUAUUCUGACAUUGGCUCAGGAAAACUCGGAAUCCUAGAUGAAAAUGGUGAACUCAAUGAUGUCUCACCCUCUCAAUCACGAAGACAAAGUUGCUCAUUACCACUUGGUCAACACUGUUCCUCAAAAGAAGUCCGAAUAUCGAAUGAAAAUGGUGACGAGGAUACUCGCGGUGUUUUAUCAUCAGUUGGUAGCUGCAAACGCAGUCGACACAAUUUAUCAUCAUCAAGUAUCUUAAACCACCAGUUGAAUAGCUGUGAAAGCAAAUCAUCAAUUGUUACUCAACAAUCUCACCGAUCAAGAAAUGGUUCUGUGAAUCGAGGUGGAAACGAUAUACCUCUGAAUUCUAAUAAAACAAUCACUGAGACAACGCGACAUCAGGUUCGCUUUCAGCAUUCACUGAAGGAACAAACAGUUCAAAAUGAGAAGAUCGUGUUUGUUGCCUCCAAACGGGCUCCGGUUGCCUUAUUUUCGUACAUCCCUUUUUCAAGGAAAUCCAAUAGCACAAUUAACAGUCAAAUUAAACAAGAUUUAAUCAAUAAACGACGACAUACUGGUGCUCGUCAAUUAUCAACAAUCGCUGAUGGUUCAGAUCCUUAUGAAUCAAUUUGUAUUGUUGGCUAUGAGAAACCAAUGGAUGGCCAAGAAGUAUCUUAUUCAAAUUUACUUAGCCCAACAAUUAAAUUAAUCCAUGGGAAGAAGGCUAAAAUUCACGCAGCUGAACACAAUUUUGUUAAUCGUUGUAUCUCUUACGAUUCAGCGGUUGCCUAUCCUGGUAAACAAUCAAUUGGAAAUAAUCAUUAUCACCUAUUACAUCAGAUAACGGCUCCUUCGGUAUUAAAUGACUCUGAAUCAAAUCUAUUAAGAGACAAACAUCAAUACCAUGGGUACCCAACAACUCUCCUCAAGUACAAUCCUGAUAUUCUUGAUGAUCCAGAAUUAAUUACUGGUAAACACAGUACUUUAUUAGAUUUUCCAUCCUACUUGACUUCAAUAAUUAAUUAUGUCAAACCAUCGGAUCUCAAGAAGGAAUUGAAUGAAAAAUUUAGAGAAAGAUUUCCUUAUAUUCAAUUAACAUUGAGUAAGAUGCGAAGUCUUAAAAGAGACAUGUGUAAAAUUGCCAAACACGAGGGUAACAUUGAUUAUCUAACGGUGGCUCAAGCUUAUGUUUACUUUGAGAAAUUGAUUCUUAAAUUGUUGAUUAACAAACAGAAUCGUAAACUUUGUGCUGGUGCUUGUUUACUUCUCUCUGCUAAAUUAAACGAUGUCAAAGGAGUAGAAUUAAAAAAAUUGAUUGAGAAAAUUGAAAAUACAUUUAGAGUUGAUCGAAAGGAUUUGUUUUCAAUCGAGUUCACUGUUCUUGUCGCCCUCGAGUUUGGACUUCAUUUACCAAUUAACGAAACACUUUCUCAUUACCAGCGACUCAUGUUCGAGACCUAAUUAACCCUCUCCUCAUCAUCAUUAUCAUUAAUCAUGAUCAUUAGAAGAAUAAGAAUUUUUUCCUCCAAUAAGAUACGCAGAAGAUGACAUUAUAUUCAACAAGUGUCAUUGGCGACAAUUUCAUAAUCAACAAUCGAGUUACUACCGAAAGAUUUUCAUCUUUAAUUAUAAUCGUCAUCAUAAUCUUGUCAAAACGUUAAUCCAGUCAAAGAAAACGAGUAUCAAUAUCAAAGAUUUAAUCAUCUUGAUUGUUAAUCCAAAUUUCCUGAUAAAUCAAAGACAAAUGAUUUUCCUAAAUCAUAAUACCAAGCCAAUUAACUGAAUCCUCUUUUAAAUCAAUCACUAGUGUUAAAAGAUUAAUUGUUUAUGUUAUUGAUCCAGUUAAUUGUUAUUCUUUUACAUUCUAUUAACCAAAUCAACUUCUAUUAUUAACUAUCAUCAUCUAGAACCACCUGUUAUCAGUUAUUAAUUAAUCAAUAAUACCAACACAUCCUCAUAUUUACAAUAACUAUUAUCUUAAUUAUGUUAAACCUUGAAAAUUAUAUUUACCUUUCAGAAUUGUUAAUCAAUAAUCAAGAAAAAUGAAACUUUAAAUUAAAUCUAGAAAAUUGAUAUUUAAUUGUUACUAUUAAAAAACAACUAAAGUUUAUUAUCUCAA